AUGGACAUUAUUAUCAUCUUCAGUUUGGCCUAUCAGGAAAAAAUUAUCGAUAACAAAAGCGAGAUUGCAGAUAAUUAUAUAAGUUUUUGGUUGAUAUUUGAUAUUCUUUCUGUAAUCCCUUCAGAGCAAGUAAUGAAGAUACCACUUCCAUCUAUUUGGACUUACGGCAUUUUCAGUCUAUUUCGACUAUCUCGUGUUCGUAGAGUUUGUGUAAUAUUUUCUAGAUUAGAAAGUAUUACAACUCCCAACUAUUUUUUGUUUUGGUAUGCAAAACUUAUUUUGGCCACAUUGUUUUAUGUUCAUUGUGUCGGAUGUUUCUAUUACCGUAUAACUACACAUUAUAAGGAUCCCCACAAGAUUUGGAUUGAAUACGUUGCGUCAAUUUAUUGGUCAACCGCGAUGCUUACUACCGUAGGAUACAACAACAAUUUGCACGAUGAGAAGACAAAAGAGAUAAUUUUCACAAUAUUUUAUAUGUUAUUUAACAUUGGGUUGAUAACAUAUAUUAUAGGAAAUAUGGCUGUUCAUAUCACACGAAAGUCUAGAGAUCAGAGAGAUGCAAUGGAAUCCAAAUCAAUUGCUGCUCUUGAAAAUCACUUGGCAAAACAUAUACAAUAUCGAAAGCUACUCAUUAGUUCGGGGGGACUACAAAAAAAAGAAACACUUGAUUCCAUUUCGAAGGACAUUAGAUCAAGCAUUUCUAAAUUUCUUUUUAGUACUCUUCUAGAUAAGGUGUACUUGUUUGGUGGGGUUUCCAAUGAUUUACUCUUCCAACUGGUCUCGGAGAUGGAAGUGAAAUAUUUUCCUCCAAAAGAAGACGUGAUAUUGCAAAACCAAGUUUCCUUAGAUUUUUAUAUAUUAAUUAAUGGAGCAUUGGAACUUGUCCUAUCUAAAAAUGGGGUGGAAGAGGUUGUUGGCGAGGUUAUAAUUGGCAAUAUAUGUGGUGAGAUUAGCAUUUUAUACAACAAGCCAGAACUCUUCACUGUUAGGACGAAACAAUCGAGUCAACUACUUCGAAUAAAUCGAACGAAAUUUCUUAAUACAAUUCAGGACAAUGUUGGUGAAAAUACAAUAAUCAUGAACAAUCUCUUCAAGCAUUUAAAAGGGCAGAAUGAUCCGAUCAUCAAGGGCAUUUCAAUGGAAACAAAGAACAAUUCUAAUCAAGGUUUGAGACGACGGCUUGACCAGAAUGAAUCAAAUAACAACAAUGAUAUAAUGGCUACUACACAACCAUCAAUUCGGGCAGUAGUUGAUGAUAAAGUACAAGACACAAAUAAUUGUUGGAGGAAAAGAUUUAUUCGACAAAGUAAUCAAUAUAGGUAUGAUAGGGAUCGUGAUAGGUUUCCAGAUAAGGUCGUCAUUAGAUUCCCUGAAAUAAGAGGCGAGGAAGGUGUGUGCAUAUUAAUUCCAGAUAGAUUUGAGAAGCUAUUUGAGAUUGCAAAGAGAAUAUAUGGGGUUUAUCCUUCUAAGAUUUUAAGUAGAGACGAUAAAAUUAAAUUCAAGUGCAUUGAGGAAAUUAUGGAUGGUGAUUUUCUUUUAUGUGUUAGCUAG